ACUGUUCUUGAUCCUAUGAUCUUUUUUUUUUUUUUCAAAUUUUUGUUAAAAUUUUUCUUUUGGGGCUCUUCUUUCUUUCAAAAAACCACGGAAAAAUCAUGGCAUGGGUUUUCGAUUCUUCCUGGUUUUUAAGGGUUUUGAAUUCCCAAAUUCCUCACUUCUUUUUUUUCUUUUCAAAAUUUUCUUUUAACUGUUUUUGCGGCUCUAAGGAACCGUGGAAUGGGUUCUUGAUUUUCAGGGUUUUGAUUUCCCGAAUUUUUUUUUUUUUUCGUUUAAGCUGUUCGACGAAAGUCCCCGGUUAAUUGUUCCUGGGUUUUAUGGGUUUCGAUUGUUGGGAAACCUUUAGGCUUUAUUCUCGUUAAACUCUGGUAAUGGGUUUUCAUAAUUGGCUUCUGCAAUCUUGAUGCUUUUCGUUUUUGAUUUUCAGGGCUCAGCAUGGUCCUGCACUUUGGAAUGGUGCAUUUUUCACUCAUCAGCUCAGAGAGCCUUCAUCUUCAAAUAGGCCCAAAAGAGAGUCCUCAGCUGCAUUACCAGAGACGAAUGUCAAGAGAUCCCGAGUUGCGUCAGCUGCAUCAUCAUCGGCUCCCAUCUCCAGAGCUAAUGGUAAGGGGAAAGACAGAGCCAAUGAAGGCCUCAAACCUUGCCUUCCGGGGUUCAAGAGGUCUUCUUUGUCAGAUCCUGAUGUACCUACUGCUCAGAAUGUCAGCAACAUGGCAUCUAACCCAAUCAACAUACCAAAUGUGGAGCAACCUGUCAUUAAUGAGGCUUUCGAAACUCCGUUUGGGUUUGCAAAAAGUAGCACUUUUACUAUGGAGCUUUUUAAGAAGAUGGGAUACAAAGAAGGGAGUGGCUUGGGAAAAGAUGGCCAAGGCAUUAAGGAGCCUAUUCGAGUUGGCAUAUGGACAAAAAAGCAGGGAUUGGGCUUCCAAACAGCUCAGACAUCAGAGCAGAAUGCUGGGGAUCAGAAUGUGAAGCAGAACCAGUAAUGAUGAUUGAAAGGAUCAGAUACUGCAUAUACGUUGUUUGAGUUGUGGUGAUUUUUGCAUCUAAAAAUGGUGCUUUUUGUAUUCCCACAACUUUGUUCCUUUUUUUUUUUUCCAGUCUUUCUUGCUUGCUUUCACUGGUGGCCUAGUGGGAACAGUUUCACUGGGAUGUCCUUGAAUAGAGAUCGUUUUAGAGAACUAGAACGUCAUGAAGGAAAAUUGAAACAUAUCAGGUAUUAUGUGCUUGUUUGAGGAAACUUCUAAGUCAUAAUAGGAAUUUCAUUUA